AUUUGUGUGAACACUCACACCAUUAGACGAGUGGAGAGUUUGUGCAAAAUAUGCCACUUAUUGGUCACUAUUUAGUGCAUAUUGUGGUCAUCUUUGGCUUGAUAUCAGUGGUGGUGAGCGAACCAACUCUUGUGGCCACUGACAGCACUGUCUGUAAUGACACGAAUCAGAUCUGUUCCCAAUUGAGUCACUCAUGUCUUGAAUGCAAACUCAACUACUCGUGUGUUUACGGCCAGUCUGUGGCCACCGACUGUCAACCUCUGGUCACCACAAACUGCUCGGGUGAGACAAAGGUCAAGCGAAGCUAUUUGUGUGCCUUUUGCUAUCAAUUGCCGCAACACCACCACAACUGUUCCCCAAACUCUUCGUGUGAUUACAACUCGCGAUACAAAUCCCGGUGCGAAGUGAAUGACGACAAGGUGAUCUGUUUGGGCAACAGGGUCUUUUACAAGUAUAAACAGUGCAAUUUCGUGUCCGGGUAUAAGUGGUCCACAGCUCUACUGUUGAGUAUAACUCUUGGAGGCUUUGGUAUCGACCGGUUCUACUUGGGUCUGUGGCAGGAGGGCGUCGGCAAACUCUUCAGCUUCGGGGGACUCGGAGUCUGGACUUUGAUUGAUGUCAUACUUAUAGCCACCGGUUAUCUGAAGCCAAGCGAUGGAUCCGUUUAUAUAUAAAGUUCUCUGAAAAUGACAUCCAAUACGUCUUCAGUAGUUAUUCUUCCGGUUAUAUAAGAUAAUUGUUGCGCCGCUUCUCUCAAGUGAUGGGCAGAUAUUGCGAUGUCUUUGUCAAGAGUUUCAAGUGAUUGACUGAUCUGUUGGACAACUUGUGUGAGAUGUGCCUCAUGUCUGUUCGUAAUGAACAACAUUUCAUUCAUUGAGUUUCCGCACAACUCUUCGACAACUAGUGACAACUUUUGCAUCAACGCUUCCAAGCCAUCAGAAGUCUUACAACUAAUAGCACUCCAAUCAGUGAACAGUUGAUUACAAUUUUGUUGCAAACGAUUGUAAUCUUCUUGUGAUAACAAAUCAAUUUUAUUGAUUAAAUAAAUAACUUUUUUACUCCAAU